CAUAUAUAAUAAUUCUCUGUGUUGAUUGACGUGAAACACAAUGAUGGUGACCAGUCCAAAGUGGACCCCGCCUCUGGCCCAAAGUCAGCUGGGAUAGGCGCCAGCAUACCCCCACGACCUAGUGAGGAUAAGCGGCAUAGAAAUGGAUGGAUGGAUGGAUGGAUAAUUGUGGAUAGAAAAAUUUUACUUCCUGGUUGUAGGAUGACGUAUGGCGCGUUAUAUAGUCGUUUUAACUACAAUUGAGAGCUUGCCAUGGACCAAACGUAAAAGUAGUAGUAUGUCUUUCUUGUAUUUUGAUCAUGUCAUGGCUUUGUUGUUUCAGUUUUCUUUAAGUUGACCUCAUUAUUGGAACCUUAUUGUUUUGUUGAACAACUUUUAACCUAUUUUGAAUGGUCAUGCAACAAUGGAUGCUUGCUAAUCGAGCCCAACUGUGCAAAUGCGGGCCCCAAACACGCUUACUUUUUUUCACGACAACUCCAUGAGGUGACAUUUGUGUGUUUACUGGGAAGAUAAACGAAGAAAGGAAGGUGGAAACAAAAAGACGGUAACACAAAUAGAAGGGCAGGGCUGUGAGACACAAAAGCCAUCAGUCAUACGCUUAAAUAUGCCUCGGGUGUUGAAACACGAUCUGUGUCUUUCUUUUUGUCGUUCUUAUAAGGACACAAAAACGUGUGUCCAUGGUAUUAUUGAUAAGCUGCUAAGAGUGAUUGUGUUCUUAAAGAAAGCAAAAUUUCUUUUAAGAUGCUAGCAAAACGUGGACAAAAAACACAUUUUAUAUAUUUGCCUAUGCAUAUGCUAGCCAGCUACUUCCUGGUCCACAGUGGACAAAAGACACCAGGAUUGUACCAUUUUUGAUUAUGAUGAGUGGAGCAUGAUAUAAUUAUUCCCCAGUGUCCAAAAUGAAAACUACUUCUUUUUAAUUAAAAUUAAUUCCUCCAACAAAAGCGGAAAAAUACGUGCAGCGGCGUUUUUGUGUUUGUCCAUCGGUUUGCAUGUUUGCAAGUCACUUCCUGGUUCACGGAGAAUGACGUAAAAUGACUGGAUUACACCAUUUUAUUAUAGGGUGGGUAGAUGAGUUGUAUCGUGACUUUAAAAAGCAAAAAAAGAAACUAAAGUGAAAAAUCGUACUUGACUUUAUUUGUCCUUUUGUUACUUGCCAGUCUAUUUCCUGAUUUGUUGAGAAUGACGUUUACAUUGCUGGGACCAUUUGACAAAGGUGUGGACUACUCCGUCACAAUUUUGAUGACUUUGGACUCGACUUGACAGCGUCAUCAAAGACUUGCAACUCAACUUGGAAUUUGGCAUCAAUGACUCAGGGUGACUCGGACUUUAGUCCGGUGACUUGAAAAUACUUGAGUUAAAUGUGUCCCCAUUCAAAGUAUUCAACUCACGUGAGCGUUAUUUUGUCAUUUCCAGAAAGACAACAUAUUUUCCUUGUGAAUCUGCCUCAUUGAACGCAUCUAUUAACGUCCAAUCAGGUUUAAGAGCAAACAACAAAUGUGUGGAUUACGUUUCUGUGCAUUGACUAAAUCCUGAAUGCUACAUCUAGUCUUUUUUUGUGACUAAGUCUUGUCAGACUGGUCUUGAAAAUUUCAAGUCUACGACUUCAGACAUGACUUGACCUGUCGUGUGACUUGAGAGUUGACUUCGACUUGAGAUUAAAGACUUGAGAGUUACUUGAGUAAGUGAACAUUUAUGGUACAUUUGUUUUUGUUAGCAGGCUACUUCCUGGUUCACUGAGAAGGAUGUAAGUUGUUCGCAAUAGACGGAUGGGACUCUAUCACUUACAUUCUGGGAUGGGGGCGGAAUGGUUCCAAUUUGACUCUAGCAGUGCAAAAAUAAAAGAGCAUUAUCGAACAAAAGUGAACAAUUUUGAAGCACCAUAUUUAUUAAUUUGUUUGUCUGGCCCUUUGUUAGCUAGUUUAUUGAGAAAGAUGUACGGUAAGUUGUUAGGAAUAGAUGGACGCGACACAAUUCCAUUCUGACCCAAUAAAAUUCCACAAACAAAAUCAUGGCGUGACGUAUUUGUGUUUGACAGGUUACUUCCGGGUUCAGGCAAGAUAAUGCAAUAUGACAUGAACGCACCAAUUGUAUUUGUUUGUUAGCCGGUCCUCAUUGGAUCCAGAUUUCUAUUUAAUUGAAACCAGUUUUGGAGUUUUUACUAAGUUUUACUGAGGUGUCAUUUCAAACUGCAACAUCAACAAACGCACAUAUAAAAAAAGUAACUGGAGCUUCUGUUAAACAGCGGAAACUAACUCUUAUGGUGUGCUUGUUUUGACACGGCGUGUGGACAUUCUUGCCGUGACCUUUCACACACAGCUUCCCUACUGUGAGUAUGAACCAACUGGUUUGGCUUCCCUGGGGUUAGCGUUGAAGUUCAAGCGGGUUCAACGGCAAAUUCUGCAGCUGUAAUGAUUUUUUUGUCAGACAAACCAUUAUGUGGCGAACGAAAGGCAUGCUCAUGCUUUUGCCCGUCAGCGCUGGUAGUUAAUUUAUCAGCCUGCAUUGUGUCACUUUAAAGUCAGGUGCAAGUGCGGCCUUGAGAUAAUAAUGGAGGAGGAUCUAUCACGGGGAUGUUCAGUUGGCGGCACUUGGGCCAAACCUGGCAGAUAGCUAAAACCAGCAGAGCACUGCUGUUGUAGAGGAUCACUUACUAGCCUUUUUUUUUUGCAGUAAGUCACACAGAAGAUCUUUGCAGUAGGGCUUUAAAAAAGUCAGAGGAGUCCUGAUGUAUAAAGGAUCUUUGCAGUAGGUCCUUCAAAACAACAGUGUUCUUGUCAUAUAAACUGACGACUUUUUUGCAGUAGGUUCCUAAAAACAGCGGCGUGCUCCUGUCACAUAGACGAUCUUUGACUACUUUUUUUUUUUUUUUUUUUACGUUUUACGCAUUUGGAACUAAACUGUGUGCGCACACGUUAAAAUUUUCCUACAACGCGUAACCUUUUGCACGCUACACUCCUCCACGCGCUCUCAUUUCCUCCUUGCUGUCGAGUGUGGUAAUACAUGCAAAGGAUCAAUGCCGAGCUCUUAUCAAAUGCACUUCUGCCACCUUGUGGCUGUUUUUAUGGUUUAAAACUGCUUGAAAAGUGACCUUUUAUUGUGCACUUGCGUCAUCACCUCUUUUUGCCUCUCACGCAAAAAAACGUAAAAGAUGUAUAAAUAUGUCUUUUAUAUUGAAUGAGUGCUCCAGUCACAUAGAGGAUCUUUGACUAGCAUUUUUUUUUGCACUAGGUCCUUAAAAACAGCAGCGUGCUCCUGUCAUACAAAUGAUCUUCCACUGUGUUUUAUUUGUGCAGUAGGUCCUUAAAAAGAGCGUAGUGCUUCUGUCAUAUAAAGGAUCUUGGACUACUGUUUUUCGCAGUACGUAGUUAUAAACAGCAGAGCAUUCCUGUCUUAAAGAGGACUUUUAAUUUGUGACUUCACUUUUGACAUUAAAAAAACAAAAAACAAAUAAGAAUAAUAGUAAAGGGUCCGUCGCGUUCUGAAAAUGUGUCCCUUGGAACAAUGAACUUAAGGAUGGAGCAGGUGACUCAUUGUGCUCUUUAUAUGGGAUGGACAACACAUCUGUAUGAUACAGCGUUUUUCUUGCUGAUCUGAAUUCAUGCGAUCAACAGUCCAUUUCAGUCAGAUUGUGGCUGCGAAUUAGAGCCAAGUGAACAAAAGCUGACCAAAGUCCAUCAAACAUGCGAGGUGUAAAUGUUCAGACUCGCAAACCUGAUGAUGUCACCGUGCUCCUUGGAAACAGAUGUCCUUGGAAAGGUUGUAAAAUGUCUCUGGGUGCAUUUGUGUUGUGUGUGUGUGACAUCACUUUAGGGACUUUUUCCCGAUAAGCGCGUGAAAGUGUGUGAGAUAGAUGGUAGUAUCAGGAAGCAAGAGGGUUUAAAUGGUAAACGUUUUCUUUCAGGGAUUAAUAAGUGAUUCGAAGUAGUUCAGGAAAAUUGGCAUGUUGCAGCUAAAAGGCACACUUUAAUUCUCUACUUUGUUCUCAUUCUAAUUCAGUUAAGCGCCAUAUCAUGCCGUUUUAAAACAGACUAUUUUGAGCUGAUACAACAAUGCGUUUACCAUCUCAAAGUGGUUAAGGCCUAAUAUUUCCACAAGAUUUAUUCAUAAAAGAACAAAUAGUUUAAAAUCAAUAAUAGUAAUUACAAUAGAUUAUCUUUUUUUUAUAAAAUCGUACUUAGUUUUGUUUAAAAAAAAAAGCCCUGCCAUUAAGUCCAAUUGGCUUAAAACAGAUGUUAAGCUCUCCAUCAGAUUUAUUGGCAUUUUUUCUACAUUAAAGUUGCUUUUAUUGUACAUACAUACCGCAUUUGUUUAAUCUAGAGCAGGGGUCACCAACGUUUUUCCUUGUGAGAGCUACUUUUACAAAAUGAAAAUGGCCAAGAGCUACUCAUUUUUGUAACAUUUAUUUUCAGAGCUUAUUUUAAACCCAAACAAAGCGGAUAUGCUUGUUUUACCAGAACAUGAACAAAAUGCUGGUGUCCACAACUCACAUUUUGUAUUUCAGAAUGCAUUUCUUUCUACUGUUCUUUCAUUAUUAACUGAAAACCUGAAUGAAAAGCAGGCUUGCGGCCACCUCAUGUGGUCGUGGGGGGCUACCUGGUGCCCGCGGGCACCACGUUGGUGACCCCUGAUCUAGAGGGAGUGCUGAAUAAAUUGGUUCGUGUAAUGUUUUUUUUGAACAUGCAUACAAGUUACAUUGGAAUACAUAACGUAGUACAAGUCACAGUUCUGCAUGUCCAAAAAGGAGGAGGAAGAAGCAAAGCUUAGGUAAUCCUACACCCCCAUCGGUUUCAAGAUUCAAGAGAGUUUUAUUGUCAUGUGCAUGGUAAAACAGCAGUUAUACCAUGCAAUGAAAAUCUUAUUCUGUUCAUUCUCCCAAGAAAAGAAAGAAAACACAAGAAAGAAUAAGAACAUAAGAAACAUCAGUUCACAUCAGUUGCAAUUCUUUUGUUCUCUUCCUGUAUUCCAAACGAACUCUUUGCCAGUUGUAAAUACAUCGGAAAAUGGUUUAAUUUAAUAGUAUAACAUUAGUAUUAGUAGUACAGUAUAACAAUGUGGUAAAAUAGGAUCGUUUCAGGGUUAAACUGUUUUGCCAGAUACGAUGGUCAAAUUGUACAAACUGCAAAGAACUUUCACAUUUAGGUCAGCGUGGUUCAACCAUGCGAUAACAGGGCUAUAAUUUGAUCUAAAGCUGUUUUUAAUAAGAAGUUGAAAUGAAAGAGGUGAUUUUUGGUGGGUUUUGCUUCCCGCCUACUGUCCAGACUGCCACAGUUAGCAUCUAUUUGGAAAGCCUUAAUGUAAUAUACCCAAACUGUGGCUGUGACUUAUUGUCAGACACUCCCUCUGUUGUCCAAUAGUUCCUGUCCCCAUGCAUCCGAUAGACAUGAUAGAUACAAAUGACAGCCACAGGUUAUCACUCAAGCCCCCUGCCGCCAAAAAACUGCCGUCCCCCCAUCAUCCUGUGUGUGUAUGGUUAUGUGUGUGUCUGUUGUAGUUAUCUGACAGCACCACACCUACACUUUUGUUCCUGAGCAGUUGGACCGUCACUGUGAUACGCUGGUGUCCUAUGUCAACAAGUAAGUGUUUGUAUGUGUUGGGGUUUUUUUUAGAAACUACUUUCCCCACAGGAAAUAUUGGCUUUCGUACCGAUAUCCAACAUACCGAUAUUGUCCAGCACUUCAUUGCCGAUAUCAACCGAUACCAAUAUACAUAGGCAGCAGCUCUUCCCACAAAUGAAUGAACACAUUAUUAUGUGAAUGAACACCAUUUGUGAAAAAUAAGACAAAGACUGCAAUAUGCAUUGUAAUUUAUAGAAAAAGUGCAAUUUUUGUGUCAGCAGAAAAUUCAUGAAAAAAAUCCUGACCAAUAGGCAACUAAUAAAUUGCCUAUAUUUGGGGGGGGGGAAGUAAAAAUUAAAUGUAUUUACAUUUUCAAUGGGAAAAUUUUGUUUCAUCAUCCGUGAACUGAUUGUUUUCGACUUCAGUGUUUCCACUGUGAAAUCCCCAGACUAAAGUAUCCAAGAUAAUGAACAACCUCGAGACGUAUAGAAAAAACUAUAUAUUACAUAUGAUUUACAUCUGUCCUAGUUUAGAUGUAGGGUAUCGAUGGGAACCGCGACUAACGUUCCGAUUCUCCCAAGAUUGCUCAAAUGUUUUUAUUUUGAUUCCUAGUUUCGAUGCGACUGGAAGAAAUAGCCACAAACCCCAAAAAGAAAGAAGCCGGUGAGAACCAGCGAAGUGGCUAAAAAGUUUAUCUUAACUUCAUAAAUGGGGGGUGCACGAUGAACAUGAUUAAUAUUCAGACAUUCAUGGUGUAGAAAAAGCAGAGUGCCUCGUCUUUGAUGUGUUACGCCGGACUUCCUCUCAGUAGUCAGAAUCUGGGAAGCACAAACAAUAAAUGACGUCUGUCUCAUGCCAAAGUAACCCAGGGUUUCAGGAUGCUAGCUGUUUGGUGUAAAUAAAGGACGGGAGCUACGGCUACGGCUGGGCACGUUUGUUUAUGUGCACAGUCCAUCUCUGGUAGCAAGUCAAGGGACCUUCUCAACGCACACAACAAACUUCCAGCCUUCAAAAUAAGAGCGCUUUAACAAAAUACGGGUGUCAUAUAAAAUAGCUUUUCUGAAAGUGUACUCUUAUGAAAAAUAAACUUUAUAACAUUUAUAUUCAAGUUGAAUGGUUUGAUAUUUGAAAAUAGCAAUGUGAGAAAUUCAUAGUAAAGUUGAUAAGAAGUUCAUAUCAUUAAAGAAUUCAUGGAGAAAUUCUGACGUUUUAUCCAAAAAGAACUGUAAUUUAAACCAUAAAAGCAUCGGAUCAAGAAUCGUUUGGAACCGGCAUCUAAACAAGGCAUCGGAAUCGGAACCGGAUCGUUCACAUUCAAACAAUGCCCAACCCUAUUUAGAUGUCUUACAAGCAGUGAUUCUAACUUUCCAAGAGGGCCGCCACAGAAUAUCUGUUUUGCAACUGUGGGCUGUGAGUGCUGUGUGACUCUCCGUUGUAAUACACCUUCCAACCACUUGUGGCAGUAAUGUAAUAACAAGCAGAAGAAGGCAACGGCAAGUCUGGGGCAGACGUUAUGAAUACGUUGCGUUAAGAGGGGAUAGCACUUUUUUUUUCUUUUUUUUUUCAUAAGUCCCUGCUUUUUGUGGAAGUCAAUUUGAUUAUCAUUUAUUUUUGUGUUUGUGAGCCUAACUUGAGCCUUGCUCUUUUAUAAGCUUGAUCAGUUCCAUGAAUUGCUAGCCUGUUCGGCAUGAUGUUGUGCGUACGUGCUGGUUUAUGUUGGAAUGAUAAAUAUGUUUGUGAGGAGCACGUCAUGGUUUUAUGUUGUUUGACAACGCCGAGGCUUGUCAGACUGCAAGUAGGGUAGACAUAGUUAUUGAACACAAAUCAAAUCAAGACUAAGAUGAACAAUUCAGUGUUAAUUUUCGAAAGUUGGAAAGUUUGGUCUCUUUCAGGACAUGCGUCCACAAGGACAAAAUACAAGGUGGACCCUUUUUAUGAUUGUUUCUACAUCAUCAUGAUUCCACUCUGUUCUCAAACAGUUUCGUUUAAACAUUUAUAUUUCAUAUUGUUUUAUUAGGGUUGAAGUGUGUCAGUUACCUCUACUUAUUUAACUAACAGAAUAAAUAUUGGUUUAAAGGAUUCGAAUAUUGGAAUAUCACCUGCCAAGAAGAAAGUGGGUCAAACCAAACGUUCUGCAUACUAAAACUUUAAAAAAACAACAAAAAAAAAACUGUCCUACUUCAGUCCACAUUUGUUGUUGACUUGAGCAGCGGCCAUGUUGGUGAUUCUUUUGCAAAUCAAAAAGCUGACUCCCCACCACACCCCCAAACCUGUCGCGUUUCACCACUCCAGGGCAGUGACACGUGUAUCUAGACUGCUGUUUUAUGCAUCUUAAACCACGUAGAGCCACGUCUGCUUUCUCUUGACGACUUUUAGCAGAGCAGUGACCUACUUUCUCAUCCUUUCCUAGCUUUUAUAGUCUUUUCCUUCUGCUAUAGACACGACGUCACUAAGUGCCGCUAUUGUAACAUUUCACCGUGUAAGUGACUCUACUUUUGCAAGCGUUGGCCUCUGACACCGAUACCCUUUGUAGGAAGUGUUUGUAUUUGAGCGCCAGUUUAAAGAAAGGGACAGUGUCAUUUGGUAAGAAAGUGUAUUGCCAAUUGAAAGCCAGUCGUUGCUGAUCAACCUUUCCAUCCACUCCAGUGUGCAUAUCAGGCCGAUAAGGUGGCGCUGUCAUAAAACCUCCCCGGGCACCUGAUUAUCUUGGCAUUUGUUUCGGUACAAUGAAGCAUUAUAUAUUUUAUUGUGUUGCGUAACUGGUAUUGAAGCCAACACUCAUGAUGACAUAACAGAUAAGUAUCCUUUUUUUGCUGUUUUAUAGGCUAAAUGGGACCUGUAGAGACAUUCAUAUCCAGUUUAUAGACUUUAAACUUUCUCCGUUCUGGUAAUAGAGCACUAAUUCACAACACAAGGUAGGAUGAGAGAACAAUGUCUGUAACAAUUUCAGCACCAAUGGUAGUAGUAGUAGCAGCACAGUGGAACCUCCCAUUGAAAAUAAUCGGAAUAGAAAGCAUACAAGCGUGAAAAGAAGCCAGCUUAAUAUUAACCUGAAAAACAAUAAAACAUACAAACCGUAAUGCAGUACAUCACGCAGUGCAUUCUUACUUGUCACAUGUGUAAAACGAAGUUAACCGCGGUAAAAACAACAAAACACACAUUAUGAUGAUGGACAAACACGACGACGGUGCAAACUCUGGAGGUUGUGCUACUUUAGAGGUGUCUUGUUUUCCUGAAAUGUUUAUUUGAAUUUCGUACUGUACCACUUCGUCAGCAUUCGACUUAUCAUGAUAAGCAAUACUGAUGAACUCUACUCUACAGUACAAUACUUAUUGCAAUACUGUUUGGGCAGCAACCUGUCCAACUUAUCUCAACAAGAUUUUUCUAAUUCAACAGAAAUUUUUAAGAAUCAUUAGUUUUUCUAAGAGACCGGGCUGAUCUGCUCCACUUGUCAAAAAAGUCAAACUUCUCUCAGGUUUGGAUGUGAAUAUUUACCAGACGUGCAUCUUCAUGUGCAAAUAUGUCCAUUUAACUCCUUCCUGUCCUUCCUAAAGUUUCCCAAAACAUCUUUAUGUUAUCUUCUGUUAUUCACAAUUAUCCUGCACGAUGUUCAAGUCGAUUUUAUCUUCCUUAUUGUCGAACUUCUGUCAGUCUGUCAGUGUUCUCUAAAAUAUUGUGGACCUCAUCUUUAGAAUAAUUUAUGUCCUGAACUUCAAUCAACAUCCUCUUUAUCUUUAUUUAAAAAGCAUCUGAAAAGGACUUUAAUUAACGGAAAAAUAUAAGGCUGUAUAUCAUUUGAUUUGUAUUUGAUGAGUUGUAAUUGAAUUUGUAUUUUUUAUGUUUUAUUUUACAUUAUUGUUUAUUUGUGAUUACAUUUUUUUCUCUUUCUUUUUUCCCCGUGUACGUUUGGGGAGGUAUUUACAUAAGCCUCUUUUGGCUUCCAUCCUCUGCCGCACAAUGAUUUUAACUGUUUAUAAAUUGUGUCGUUUUCCCCUUUUUUUUACACUGUUUAUGAUGUGCAAACAUGUGUGUGCUUUGUUGUUGUCUGCAAACGUAGCUAGAAGAAUAUCAGCAAACAUUGCCUAAAGAGUAUCAGCAAACGUGGGUGUCUGCACACAUGCACUGCAGCCGUUCCCUUCACUCACACCGUACACACACACGCACCGGCACCGCCUGACAUGCUCAAAAAAAGAAUAAAUAACUUGAGAAAAACUAAAACCAAAACCAAAAAGAAACAAAAGACCCUAAUAAACCAAAUUAACACGGUCGCUACUAGGCCUGUCACAAUAAUCAAUAAAUCAAUUAAUUGCACGAUGAAUAAAACCAACUCGAUCAUUUUGCCGGCCUCGAUAACUUGACAUGUGCAUACAUGUUUGUUUUCCUCCUCUAUCGCUACUAAACAGGCUGGAUGACAAGAGGGUUCACUCCGUGCCUCUGUCUUAACACCUGGGCGCGUUGGUUCUCUAGCGAAAUGAACGGCCAUUCAGUCAGUCAUUCAGUCUCUUUGUCCCAGUGGGGGGAGGUGGGGUUGCUAGCGAGUACUGCAGCCUGCAAGUGAGCAAAAGCAAAUAUGAAUGAAGGCACAAAAGCGAAGGUUUCUAAGGCGAAUGCCACAGCCCCAGUGCGGGGGUAUUUCAGUUUUAAACAGAAUGAACAAGGUGAGCCCAUGAACACAGACGAGCCAAUAUGUCGCAUUUGUUGGAAAGUAGUGGCGACAAAGAAGGGGAUAACACCUCAAACACAACCGUCUUGUCCAGUUUUCCCAGCUGGGAGAAAAACUUCGUUGAGGUGCAGCAGAGCCUUCAUCCCAACAGUCAACACUUACUGAGGUGUUUGGUCGGCAAAGUAAACAUAAACAAAACAGCGUCUUUCACGACAUGUUAAGCCUUCCUGUUAAGGAAUAAUACUCAGUGUUCAUUAUUUAUUGAAGUGCAAUUUUGUUUACAGAGACUUGAUACUCCAUUGUAUUGUAGGGGCAUUUAACAUCAGAUUUUCCAUCUAAGGAUUAGCAAUAGUGAUGUAACUCUACUGUAAAGACUACGACUACUACAUUUCUUUACGUUUCUCAUUCCUACGUGUAAAAUUAAGCUAGCUACUGUCAAAACAUGUAAAAAUACUGGGUUAUGAUGACGAUGCACACUCUGUGUGAAGUUUCGCCUUCCCUAGAGUUGUGUUUGUCCCCCCAAAUUUUGGUUGAAAUCAGAAUUGUAUCACUUCUAGGUCAUUUGAUUUCAGACUUUUCCACAGCGUAGAUAAUGAUAUGCUGUGGUAAUGUGAAUUAUAUUAUGGCAACUACAUCUAAUGUCCUAGUAAUAAUAAUGGAACUUGUAGUAGCAUUGUUGUGUGUGCCUACUAUAAGGGACAGAAACAAGGAGCAUACCAAACCUGAUAAUAUGAAUGUGAAAAUGGAGGGGUGGGGUGCGUCAUGUGAAAUGCUGCAGUCUAGGUCUAAGGUAGGAUGCUUCAGGACAAGCUUCAGUUUGCUCUGGCUUUAUCAAAAGGGAUUUUUUUGUGACUUCUUUUCUUGUGACCGUCUACCAGGUAGUGCUAUUGAACGUACACCCACAAUUUCAUAUCCCUACGGUCCGACUGUUUGAACAGGAACCAUCUUGCUGUUAGUCUCCUUAUCAGGUACACUCACCUGCUGUGUGCUCAGGCAAUUGAAGACCGCUGAUAUUGCUGCACAGGUCAGGUUACAUAAGUGAUAUUUGCAUGCAGCUAUUCUUCCUGUUGACUGUGUUGUUCGCUGUCCCUGCAGUUGGACCAACCGGAAAAUAAUGAUGAGGCUCUGUACAGUCAGCGACGCACUUACGUAACUGGUAGCUUCUGAACACGUGUCGUACAAACAGAACAUCAGGUAAAGACGUUCUAAGUGCUUAACUGUGGUUUACUUUAUUUCAUGUAAACGAGGCCUCGCAGUGUACACGCAUGUCAGCUGAAUAGCCUGCGGACAGGGACUGAGAUCCUGCUACAGUACAUUUAGGUUUUUAUACUUGACAGUUAGCUUGUCUUGUUUUGAAGCAAAAUGGAGCACAAUACUUCGCUGUAACCAGCAGAAUCGAUGUUGAUUCAGUCUCAGCUAGUUUGCUGUCUAAAAAAGGACAGCAUGCACACAAUUAAUUAGUUGUCGUCUUUGUUUCCUUCCCCAUAAUUUAUGCAUGGAGGCGACUAUAGCAAAACAACCAAUGUAGUGGGAAGUCUCCAGUGAAGUCACGCAGUGUUACGACUGUCAUAGUACUUGGAGAGCCAUCAUUACAUCUCCAGCCAGGUCCCUGGUGUACAAAUCAUUAUAUAACAGGACAGGUGCAUGCUGCUGAGCAAGCUUUGUGGUGCAGGGCGUUCAUUACUGUCAUUGUAGUUAGCAUCACAUCAGAUUUCAAUGGCAUUAAUUGAUUGACGGUAAUGUAAAACUGUUGACAGUGUGUCUUUCGGCCCUGCAGCAGCGGUACAAGAACAAUGGAGGUUGUUUUCUUCCCUUUCAAGUAACAUUGUUCUCUCCUGAUGGAGACUUUUCCCAUCUUUGAGCAGGAAGUGGGUCAGUUACUGUUGUUUUUUUAGUCCUGCUGUUUUUGUCCUCGGCCUCCUGCUGAGCCAUCUCUUCUUUUUUGUCUCUUUUUCUUUUGUAUUUCUGACUCACCCUGCCUGGCCUUUUUGUUCUCAAGCGCCCUUGUUAUUUGUAGUGUGCAUCAUGUUUUUGUGAAGCAGCUCGUCUCGUGCUCUCUACAAAAUGCUUUAAGUUGCCAUAACUAUUUGGGCCCAGUAAAACAGGUGAGUCUUGAGAUUGGGUGUGUCUUUCGUCACUUUUGCAUCACAGCAAAUGCUUGUGGCUUUCACAUACGUGCGCUUGCUAGGAUGUUGCCUCUGGAGGGACGUACACAAUGCUUCAUGGGUUUUGUUGCAUAAUUACCUCUGACAAGGACGCUGUCACAAUGUGCUAGUGACUACCAUUUGUUGUGGUUGUCACUGCGUGGUACCUGCCUUCUUCUGGCUUGUUUCUCCUUUAUUGUUGCAGUUACACCUUAAGCGGGCUGGAGGCGGGGACGCUGGGCACACCUGUGGCUAAUUACCCAAUACUCAUUUAAGCCGACUACCCACAGCUGGCAGCCGCUGGUUCAUUGUUUCGCCUCUGCUGGCAACACACCCGAGUGCUUCUGCUACCAAUCGUUCCAUGCCCAUUUGGACCUGCCGCCUCCCUGCCGUCCAGCUAACUCCAGAGUUUGUACUUUACUUCAUGGUGUAACUUUCAUUUGCCUUUUGUCUCUGUUUUUGCCACAACACCAUCGCUUUCUGUUUUUGGAACUACUCUCUCUUGCACUUUUUGUCAUUAAAAGUCCUGAAUUACCACACAAACUCUAAGCCUCUGCAUCUGGGGUCCUAACCACACCGAGAACCUGACAGACGCUAUGGUUUCAGUGCUGUAUGAUGGUUUGCUUGGAGUUGGAUUGAUAUUUUACCAAUUUUCGCUAUGGAGGGUGUGGCAUUGGCUAAGGAAGAACCUAUUGUACUUUGGCGCAGAUCCAGAUGAAGGUGCAGAUUUGUCAGCAUUGUGAGAUGAGGUUCUCUCUGAAUUUUGCUGCCAAAAAACAGACAUAUGCAGGAGGUGAGUACGCUAUCUAUGAGGGUCUAUGGUUUGGUGCUGAUGCAAAUUAAUGGGACUGUUUACACCACAAAAAAAACACAGUCUCCUUUGGGUUUGCUGUAGGCCGUACUGGUCUAUAAGUCGCAGGUGUGCACAUCUUAACAUGGGAAAUUUAGUACACAGAAAGAUUUGUUAAACUUUUGAUUAAAUGCUUUUUUCCAAGCAGUGCUGAACAGUGCGUGUAACAUGGCUAGGUAAACAGUAGCCUACCAGAAAGGUCAUUCAUUGCCGUCCUCCUCAUCGUCCUGGGAACUAAAACCACUAAAGUUGUCUUCUUCAGCGUCACAAUUGAACAGCCUCAUAAUUCCUUCAUCACACACUUUGUCAGUCUCUCUCGCUCUUUUGUUGUGGAUCUCUGUGUCGCUUUUGUUUCGAGGCAAAUUAGGCAUUUAGCUUGAGCUACCGUCUUCACCACGCAGUAGUCCAGCCUUUCGAAACCCGUUGGUGAAAGUGGACAGUUGGUCGUCCGAGCAGUCCAAAAAGAAGAUGUAGUAAUUCUACACUUGAUCAAGCUUACUUUAAGAUGUGUCAGAUCAAAACAUCAUUGCUGCAUAAGACCUCAAAACCUGCUAUUAGCUUCCACUUCACUUGUACAUGUCACUACUUCCUGACACUGGGAAAUAGUAGUUUUUAGCCAUAAAUUAGCUGCAUCAAUGUACACGCUGGAUAGUGGCUGGAUAUGGAACUGUUAAAAAAAACAACUUAUAUUUCACAUUACGAAAACAUUGGAAUUCAGUCCUUUGCUGAUUUAUUUAAUCACCUUACACACUGUAAACUGAAAAAAACAAACAUCUGCACGGGUGAGUUUGCUUGUGUAUUUUGUCAGGGUCAACACACCUAUGCUAGUAUUCAAUAAAAAGCAAAAGUGCAUGCCCUGCAGCCCUCUCCUAUUCUAUUCUAGUCCGAAGGAAUUUCUACAGUAUCCAGUUAAAGUCGGCGUGACAAGAUCAUAUUGCAAAACCGCCCCCGUGAGGUCCAUAAACCCAAAAUAAUUGUCUGCUCAGAAGUAAUUUGGAGUUUGUUAUGGGCACAGGUCUGGUUAAUCCAGGCAGGCAUGAUGCACUCUACUGUAGAUCCUGGUUAAUAGUUGACCAGUCAGGGUACAGAAGGCUUGAAUAUGUCAAGUAAGAUUGCGCUACCGUGGAGGUUGGUGAAUGUUCAAUAUUGUCACGUUGUGCAGGCAGGAAUGUCGAGCUUAUUAGAGUGUGACAGCUUGUUUUGGUCAGAUUUUAGACGGCAGCGUGAGCACUGCCCGGCAACAUGAGGCCACAGCUUCUCUCACAUCCUUAAGGACUUAACACUGCAUGGAACUGCAUGCUUUCUGUCCUGCCUCUUGAUGCAUCUGCAACCUCAACCAUCCACUUCCACCUUUUCAAAAGCAGCUUCCUGUCAUUUUGUUUAGAGGUGGACAAUAGGGAUGUUGUCCGUCAUGUCCUGUGGAAGACUGAAGUGCUGUCAUUGAUCCAUGGCAUUCUUGUCCAUGGUUUGACACUGAAUGUCUGUCUUUGCACACCUUGGUUCAGUCUCAUUGCUGCACGAUAAAGGCCAUUGUGAAGCAAAGACUUUGACCUCCCCAAGCUUCUCCCCCACUCCACCUAAUCCAUUGUUCAUUCCUCUCUCUCACCAUUAGCCUCUGUGUCGCUCUUUGCAUUCACUGCUUUUGUCAAUCUAAUCCUCAUUAAGAAAAUGUGUCCUUCCAAGACACAUUCCCUGACUGUGCAGGAUUUUAUUUUAUUUUUUUUUCGCGGAGCACAUGCUCGUUAUACAUUCUUAUGGCUCUUAAGCCUAAUUCUAGCCUAACCUAUUCCGUGAUGUGGUACUACUCUAGCUCAGUUGCCAGGAAGAACAUGGUCAUAAGAUUGUUCAAUGUUCAUGUCUUGAUCCCCAAUUAUGGCUCACAUGUGGGAAGUAUAAAUGAUUAGCGAUUGUUUUACCUCAACUAAGGCACCUGUUGGAGGUAUUACCGAAAAAAUUGAGUGUGUUUGGGCUUUGGUGCAGAAAUAAAGAUUUUCUACAAGAUUUGGCAUGUGUUUAUGGGAAUGGUUUAUAUAGUCAUGGAAAAAAUGAUGAGACCAUCCUUGUUUCUUCAGUUUAUUGAUCCAUUUUAAUGCCUGGUCCAACUAAAGGUACAUUUGUUUGGACAAAUAUAAUGAUGAUAACAAAUAUAGCUCAUAAGAGUUUCAUUUAAGAGCUGACAUCUAGCAACUUCCAUGGUUUUCUUGAUAAAAACCAAAAUCACUUAAGUUCUUACAUGAAUAGCUAUAGCAUUGUACUGCCAAAAAAUGUAACUCUUAUGAGCUAUUUUUGUUGUCAUUGUUGUAUUUGUCCAAACAAUGGUACUUUUAGUCGUAUCAGGCAUUAAAAUGAACAAGAAACUGAAGAAACAAAGCUUCUUUCCCUUGACUGUACAUGUCUGUAUAAUACAGUAAAUGUCUGUAAAAUUUUAGCAAAGUUUGUUUGAAAAAUAUGUCCGCCAUCAAGCAAAACGUCUGUGCAGGAGCACGGGUGGGCUUAGCAACUAAUUGUCCAUAAGUCAUUGACCGUUAAUCUACUGCAUUGGGCAAACUACGGCCUGCGGGCCACAUCCAGCUCGUUAAGCCAUUUAAUGCGUCCUGACGAUGUUCCUAAAUAAAUAUUUUUUUUUAAACCUUCAGCUUUGAUUUUUCUAAUGGUUUCUGAAGCGAGAGAGUCUGCGCUUUCAAAUGAUAUACCGGCCAUUACGGUAAUCAUAGGUGGGGUGUCCAAAGUUGUUAUUGACCCAUGGCACAUUCUAAAAAUAUCAUUGAACAAGUAAACUAAAAACUACAAGAGCAAAAAAUUGAAAAAUCAGCAGUAAUUUUACAAGAAUAAAGUCAAAAUAUUAAGCGAAAGAAGCUGUAAUCUAAAGAGAAAAAGUCAUAAUUUUAUGAGAAUUACAUGAUAUUAUGAGGGAAAAAUAACAUCAUUUUAGUAGUAGUAAAGUUGAACUAUUAACGAAACGUUAUGGGAAACAAGCAAAAAACAACAAAUAAUGUUAGGUUGCGGAAAAAGUUAUAAUGUUACAAGAAUAAAGUGAAAAUAUUAUGGAAAGUCAUACUUACGUGAAGAAAAUUUACAAAAAGAAAAAAAUAGUUGAUAAAACAUUCAUUUCAAAAAAUUGAAAAAGCUGCUCUAAUUUUAUGAGAAUAUAGUCAAAAUAUUAACAAAAAAAGUCUAACAACUGUUCUAAUAAGAAAAAUUGUCGCAAUUUUACGAGAAUAUACUCCUAAUAUUAUGAAUAAUGUUAACAUUUUAGUAGCCUAGAGAUGAAAUAUUAAAAAAAAACAAACAAACAAACAAAAAAACAAUGUUGUAAUAUUAUAAGAAACUAAACCAAAUUUGGUUGGGAUUUUUACAACAAGUGGUGUUAACAUAUCAUAUACAUACAUUGUUACUCGACAAUUGGCUUGUGAUACAUUUCAUAGUAAGCCUAAAGCAUUCCACGUACAGUAAGUCCUGGCGCAAACUUAGCGAUAACUUCAGGCUAAAGUUGGCUUUGUUGUGUUGACGUCAAUGCAUGUGUGUUACUGUUACGUGGCUGUAGAACAUGCAGGGAUUUUUGACCAGACAGCACGUGCAAUGUUGAAAAUGUAGUAUUUCAGGCCCGUUGCUGUUCCCCAUGUGUUUUAAUGAACACAUCAUUCAGCAUCAUGUUUUGUCGUGUUUACAUUCAGUGACCGGUGUGGCCAUCUCUUUGUUUAUGUUCUGUCUGCACAUUGCGACAUGUUAAACAGGUGGAGUCGAUGUGCUUUGUUAUCGUACGUAGAGUCCGCUAGCUUCGGACCAUAAGCCACAAGGGUACGUCCGUGGCGUCAUGCAGCCCCAACAUGACCUGUGAUGUUUGCGCUGCACUUACAAUAAAGUUGGGACAAACACACAUGCAAAACAAACUCGACAGUACAGAUACAUUAUAAUGUUGGCCAUUGCUCAGAAAGAAAGAAAAGUCAGAAGGUUUCAGUACUGUGUGGGUGCCAGUCAAGUGGUUAAUAAGCUAUCAGAACCUAUUUUUGUGUUGAUUCUGUGAUAGUUAAGGCAAUUCUGUUUUUUAACAUGCACGUAUUUUGUCAAAAUGAUGUGCUGAAACACAUGGUAAUGUGCAGAAUAAAUAUAUAUAAUAUAUACACACACUUGUGUGUAUAUUAUGUUUUUUAAGGUAGUAUAGCAUUCACCUGUUGACCUUUACAAGAGGUGUGCUUUGUAUACAGAGAGAGAGUAAUUGUAUCCCCUCUUUGUUUUUUUCCUCAUACAGUUUCCAAUACUUAGACAUAAAUUAUUUAUUUACUAAAACAGAACUGACUAAGACUGACUAGACUGAAAUGUUUUUAGUUUUUGUCGACUAAAGCCAGGCUAAAAUGUUUGUAGUUUUUGUCAGCUAAAACUGUCACGUGUACAAAAUGUGACCAGAACAAGAAGCAUUUUCAUCCAAAAGACUAAGACUAAAAAUAAAAUGGCUGCCUAAUUCUAUCAUUCAUGACUGUUAUUUUUUUAUUAUGGUGUGAUGUACUUUAAAAAAAAAAAAAAAAAAAGGCCCCGAAGCGCAUACAGCGGACUGUAUAACACUUUCACCCAUAGGGCAGUCUGCUUUAAAACCCCAUCUGCGAGAGGCCAAGAAUCAGACACCAGUCAGUGUUUUAUACGUACUGGUUCAGAAGUGUACCACGCGGCUUCAUCGUGUGAUGUCCUCAUGCUGUACCAACAGUGUGUCGUCUGUCUGCCUUUCCGGCUAUGGGGUAUGUUAUAAAACACCAACUGGCAACAAAACAUUUAGAAAGCAAGCCAAGUGUGAUGGUUUGAUGGUAUGGCAGCUUUACCAGAAAAAGACCAAAUUGUCUAAAGGAUGGCACUGAUGAUAACAUAACAGUGGAAUUUUGUAGUCGUUAGUUAAUGACUGUCUUAAUGACUUGUCAUGGGGCGUUUCCAAAUGAAAAUAAUUAGUCUUUGAGAUUGUUUUUUUCUUGUAAAUUGUGGGGUUUUUUUGUGGUUUGUUUGAGGGGGGUGAAGACCUCCAGAGGUCACCCAUCCACUCAAUCCCCCCUCAUGCUCCCCUCCUUCCUCCUCCCUUCUGCCUUGGCCAGUCUCCAUGUGCCGGGCUCAGAACCUUGGGAAUGAAUGGCGCCCGGGCUGUGUUGCGUCUUUGAAGCUAGCCAGGAAUGUGAGGCCUCUUUUCUCUCUCUGUCUCUCUCUCUUGUGCUCUCUCUCUGUUGUUCAAGCAGCCGGCAGCGCUAACAGCUAUCGGCGGCGGUGGUGAAAUAUUCCCUCCGUUGCGCUCAUUGUGCACCGGAGAGCCGGACGUCAUCAGCCGGGCCAAUGGCUGGCUCCCACUAGGCAGGUCUCGGAGGGAGGGGUUGGUUUGGAGGGAGAAGGGGGCUGCAGAGAAAUCUUCAGUCUAAUAUCGUUGCUCUCCUGGAUACUUGGCACUGCCGCCUUUGGAAGAAAGAUGUCCUGAAACAAGAAAACUGUUGUUUUGGAAGCGAUCGUCUUUAUCAGAUGGAGGCUUCGGCCUAAGAUUCAAAGUUUGGGAACAUCUCAGUAAACAAUUCCCAGAGGAUUUGAAUAAGUCAGAAGGAGGUGAGAAAAUGACCUAAUAAGCGACCUGUGCUCUGAACAACCUGGCGCAAAUGUGUUGGCAGCACUUUCCUCACUCGUACCCGCAAGGCAGAUCCACACGCCUCUGCAUUUACAAGUAAAGCUGCCCUCAUUUUUCCUCGACGUCUGCCUUGCUAUUCGAUGGAUUCCUAUAACUUUCACUUUGAGAGAAUGAGCAACGUGGACCUGCAUCCUCUGAGCCUUCCUGUCAGUCGGCUCUCCCCAGCCAAGUCCAAUAGCAGCAUUGUGGAACAGUUUGCCCACCACCAACACGGCAAAGGAGAUUCUGCCUACAGCUCCUUCUCUGGUGGUUCCACUGCCCCAGACUACCCGCCUUCGCUUCUCACAGAUGACCUACAGUCCAGCUCUUUCAGCCACUAUGCUGACCUUAAGUAUAUGAAAUCAAUUUACCAUCCCAGUCAGCUACAUUCUAACUCAAAGACCAUGGACCAAUUCUAUCGCUCAAUGGAGGUGAUCUCACAGAACUAUCGCAAUAAUACCCAUCACCAGAAUGGCAAUGAUGGUUUCCAUACCAACAACAAAGCAACAUCAACGGUAGGGGUGCCUCUUAGGGCUCCAUCACAAGGAGAUCAACCUCCUCUUGGUCCUCCUCCAGUCCCAACACGACAGGACAGUUUCAUAGCUACUAAAAACUUAGAAAACAACAAGACAGAUUUUCAAGCCCAGCCACAACAGCCGAGACCCCAUAAUCACCAGACGGCUAAACCAGAAUCAAGUACCAAUGUCAUCAGUCCUGAACCUGUGUAUUCAGACUUGAAGGCAUCCCCAGCAGCAGAGAUAAAACAGUUGCCAAGCUCCUACUUUCACCUUCCCUCAUAUAAACAGACCAGCGUGUCAAUGAACACACCCACUCUGUUCACUACGGGCAACAAGGCUCCCUCUGAGCAGCAGAAGUCUACAAACUUUCUUCGACGAUUGCCUCCUCAAGGCCUAAGCCAGCCAGAGCACCUGAAGCCCAGGCAGCAAUCAAGCGGUAGUAGAUCUAAUGGAGAUGAUCGUGCCCAUUUUGAAAAUCCUCGCAAAAGGGUGCAUUCCGCUCACGACUGGCUCUGUUCAGAGCCAGUCCGACCCUCUGGCCCUUGGAAUGCUGGUCAGGCAGGCUUUAUCAACAGCAGUAUCCAUCAUAAGGGUCAGUUCUACUUUGUUACAGGAGUGUGUAAACAGUCCGAGGCCAGAAUGAGAGCAUACUCUGCAUCUGUAAGUGAGGCUGUGAGUGAAUGCUCCCCUAUGUUGGAAAGACGUCAACCUCAAGAAAGAGAGCGAUGCCACAGCACAAUGGAAAAUUUAUUCAUACCCCUAAAAGAAGUCCCAGAUGAAAGAGGCACCCAGAGUAAGGACCUCAUUCCCAGAAGUUUAGAUCAGGAGAAUCACAUACCCACCUCAUUUUCAGCCCGGACCUCUAGGAGUUUCGAUCCCUCGGAGGAAAUUGACACAGAAAGUCUUGAGAUUGGCCGCCACACUGCCAACAACCCAAUAUUUUACUGCGGACCGGAGAAAAACUGCUCCUCACAUUCAACUUUACAAACAAAGGAAGUUCCAUUGCUCAUUAGCAAUGAACCAUCCAGCCACUCCAAAAGAGAGGAACAGGUGAAAAGGGGUAAACGACAGCCAUUGACAGAUGUUGCCAGUGAUAGGAUAAACAAAGAGACCACCCCUCUUCUUUACCACCUCACCGGGGCUAACAGGACCGCUUUACAGCCAAAAAAGAAUGCAGAGUUCAGUGGAAAAGACAAAGAAGCUGUCCUAAAACAAGCAGGUCUUAGAGAUUCGUCAAUGGAGAAUGAAAGUCUUCUGCAAGGAGAUGCGACCAAGAAUGAUAACUCCUGUAACACCCUGGAUGACUCCUAUAAAAAGUACUACAAAGAGAAGCUGAAGGAUGCUCAGUCUAAAGUCCUGAAGGAGACAUCAUUCAAAAGAAGGGACCUGCAACUUUCAUUACAGCACCGUGUCAGGCCAAAACCUGAAUUGCGAACUUCAGGGAUUCACAGUUUCUCCUCAUCACAAGACUCUGAGACUUCCACAGACACUCUCACCCCGUCUGUGGCCUCCGAGGAGACGGAAAGAGGGAGCAUCGUGGAAGAGAGUCCUAAGGAAGUGAACGCAGAGACGGAAAGAGAAUACUGGAGGCCAGCAAAUGUAGCCCAGCCUCAGGCGGCGUCACGUAACGGGGGCCGAAAGCGAUUGACUCCUGAGCAGAAGAAGAUGUGCUACUCUGAACCAGGGAAACUCAACCAGCUUGGUAGCACCCCUAGCCACUCUUCUUGUCGUUCCUUUAGUAAUGAAAGUGAGAGUCUGUUUGCCAUGGAGGGUGAGGGGCAGCAGGAUCACAUGCACCCAGGAGAGCAGGGACUGGUUGCAGCGCGUAGGAAGAUGUUUGAGCCUCGUGGUCGGGCCCUCUCGGCCUCAAGUGCCUCAAAGACGAACCUGAAGCAUCUGCAGCACAGGGCACUGGUGGAGUACAUGGAGCGCAAGACUGGGCAGAAAGUGGCAGAACCUCAGCAACCGCUGGGUCCUCAGCUACCAGUACCCUCCAGACAGAGGCAUUCCUUGGGCGAGAAACCUUUCGACUGGGGUCCCAGGCCUUUAUCAGCAGGUACUGAGUGCAAGAACCUCAAGAAGAAACCUAACAGACCCCACUCUGCUGGACGCAUUCUUGAGUCCUCAACCAGCUCCAUCAAGUAUGCCCAGUUCUUGCCAGCGCAAUCCUAUUCAGGCCAACCUGCAGGGCAAUCAAGCCAACUGCGAUGGGGGGACGGACAAGGUCCAUCCAAUGGGAUGUCUGCCUCAGUGGAGAGUCUCUUGGACCAACCGGAACCACCUACAGUUUCCAGGAAUAGAUCCACAUCAACACCACAUGCAUUUCAGGUACCAGACUAUGAAAAUGAUCCUGUGCCAGUUAAUUCCAGUUUGCAGACGAAUCUGAGCACCACAGUCCAGUCAACUCCUGAGGCCCAGCAGUAUAUCCGUGUGGUAGCUCAUAGGGGGAAGUCCAUGGAAGAGCUGGGCGCAUCCAAGUUAACAAGGCUGUCGGCUCUGAGUAAGAGUUCUGAGCAACUGGAUCAAGAUGGAGACACCAGGAACAUUUCAUUCUUCUCUGAGGGCAGGAAGAAAUAUGCGGCGAAAGAACCAGACACCGCUAACCAGGGACAGUUACAGAAACUGUCCAUUUCGAAGCAGAACUCCGACCCAGUGCCAGGAGACGGGGAGAAUACUGGACAUAAAGCCACUGCAGGAGUAACCACCUUGAGUGGAUCCCAGUCCCCAACUAGUUUUCCCGUUCUGACUCAGGCUCAGUCUGUUUCUCCUGGAUCUCACAGCCCUGCCUCAGAGUCGUCUAACCUGCAUUUCCCUCCAGCACAAGAGACCAGUGAGAGGGAGGUCAAGUCCACCUUGUCUGCCUCCACACAGAUUAAACAUCCUUCGGACAACAGGCUGUGCUCCAGGGAAGUCCGGAGUUUCUCUGAAUCAGAGCGGCAACCAUCAGUGGAGGAACUAGGCAAAGAUGUCCCCCCGCCUGACUCCACCCACGAAGUGUCCCUGAGCUGCGGCGUAACCACAGAUCCAUCCUUUUGGAUCCUCCCUCCAGAGGAGCAGCCCAAAGAAGAUGUGCACACUCCAGGCAGUGAAUUUGAGGAUCUCUCCCUUUUGCUCCCAUCCGCACAAACGGGCGAAACCACCGUCUCCGAUGCAGAUGUGAGUCCAAAGGCGGCAGAAGCAACGGAGAAGAACCCCAAAACGCAAGACGAGGACUCAGGAGAGAAUCAGGAAAAGGGAGAAUGGGGAAUACCAGAGGGAGAAGCCAGUUUGGACAAGCCUGACAACAGGCCACCGUGGGAGGAGCUGGUAGAGGCUGUGGUGAAGGCCGACCAAUCGCUGGCCCCCAUCUUCUAUCCUUUAGCCAAUCGUAAGACGGCACUGAUGCUGAUGGAGCAGCUUCUGUCAGAAGACACGCUGUUAAUGGAGGAGCACUACAAGAAGAAACAACAGCAGCAGAGGGAAAGCUGUGAGACUGUUGGAGCUGCUGAACAACCUCCACCACCACCUGGCAGCCAUAAACCUCCAAGUAGAGAGUCCCAGAGCAAAGACGACUUUUCAGAAAAGAAGUGCAUGUUAGUGUCCUACAUCGAGGAGCGUCUGCGUUCGCUGGAGGAGACGCGGGGUGCCCUCCAAGCCGAGAUCCAGCAGAACUUAUCCCACGGAGAGGCGCUGGAGGUGCUGGUACGCGAGAGAUGUCUGCCCCUGGAGCUUGAGAGGUACAACCUGUUCAUCGGAGACCUGGAGAGGGUGGUCAACCUGCUUUUGUGCCUCUCUGCCCGGCUGGCGAGGGUCCAGAAUGCCUUGAGCACGGUGGAUCAGGACACGGACGCAGAGGAGAAGCAAUCUCUGGACAGUCGCCACCGCCUGCUGUGCAAACAGCGCGAGGACGCCAAAGACCUGAAGGACAACCUGGACCGCAGGGAGAGCCUGGUGUCCACCUUCCUGUCUCGCCAGCUGUCCGGGGAGCAGCUGCGGGACUACCGGCGCUUCGUGCAGACCAAGGCCUCACUGCUCAUUCGGCAGAAAGACUUGGAGGAGAAGCAGAGGCUGGGGGAGGAGCAGCUGGACGCCCUCUCCAAGAGCCUUUGAGGGGGACCUUCUUUGGACCUCAGGUUGGAAGUGGUCCAGCUGGAAUGUCCAGUCUUCUCCAGACUGGUUUAAAGCCGCAGGGGAGACGCAUCCUGCCACUUUUCAACCCCUGCGCCUUGGCUUCGGUGCGGACGUUGCCGCUCCUUGUGUAUCCACAAGGAGGCGCUGAUCAGCUUUAAGAUUGUAUUGAAUGGAGUCACAAGGCACUAAAAACCAAAAGGAAAGCACUUUGUCAUAAUAAUAAUAACAAUAAUGCAUAAAUGCACAUUUCUUUAGGAAAAAUCAUCCUUACUCCAUCCAGCUAUUUCAUUUCGUUUGGAAAUAUUUGAUGGGGGUUAAUUCUAAACGGGAUGCCGGUGACAUCAAAGACACUUAAGGAAGUGCUUAGAAACAAAAUCAUUAACAAAAAAAAAAAAGACACAUUAUACUUGAAAUAGUUCUUUAUUUAAUUUCUCAAUAGAUGACACAUUUUAAAACAAUUCCUCCUUUUUUCCUCUCUUUUUUUUUUUACUUCCUUUUACUCGAAUGUCAGAGCCGACGCGUCAGAUUUGUACAAGUGAUGUUGAGCAACAUCAGAAUGUGUGUGUGUGUGUGUGUGUGCGUGUGUGUGUAGAGGUUACAAUCCUCUUUGCUGUGGUAUUUUUUUUAUGUUGUUUCAUGAUUUAAUCACAUUUGGCUUAAAAAAAACCAUCGGAUGUGUGGUGUGGACUGUUUUGUACAGUAUAUUUAUGUAUUAAGGACCACAAAACAGCAUAAUUAUGUUCUUUAAAAAGUCCGUUUUUGGGGUUUGCUGAACUGUUUCGGUCAUGGAGGACCCACAAAACUGUUCUUCUUCUUCUGCAGCCUGCAGGAAUCCCAAAACAUUUGUGAGAAAGACACAAAAGACAGCGUUAGUUUGGCCUCCGUACGUCCUCGACACGGUCUUUCUCAAAGGCGGAGAGACACUUCAGACGUUUUGAUGAUGUCACUUCUUUUCUUUUUUCUGCCGAGUCACAUGUGCCUGUUUGGAGUUGUAAAUUCCACCCUGUUGGCCUGACCGUCAAUAAAUUCAAUCCCGUC